AGCAGAUCUGUCCAUUUUUGGAGCCUCCAAGAGGCACACCAGGGGCCAUCAGACAGAUCCUCAGUUUGAGCUGUGGCAGGCAGACAUGCCGACAAUGUUGCGAGCAUUAAGUUGCUAUUAGAAAGCCGAUGUCGAAAAGGAGUAUAUAUAUAAAGUCGACGCACUUGCUUUGUGCUCCUGUUUCACGGUCGCUGGCUAUUUGGUGCUGUGGUAGAAUUGGAUUGAAAGCCCGACAUGCUGUUUUCCGCAGCCACUGUGGUCCAGAAGUGGGGCGAUAUCUUGGCCAUGACCGCAAAGCUGAGCAAAUCCAUUUCCCUUCCUGGCCUUUACAAGAUUGGCACCGACAAACCCAAGGGCUUCACCGGCAAUGCACGGACGACCACUUUGGCCUUCAAGGUUGCUGGGAACCUGAAAUCGCAGGUGGAUUUGAAGAGGACACCCGCACCCACAGAGCACAGCCGAUACUUGGCCUCCUUGAUGAAGACAGGGGGAUGGCGAACAUUUUACAAGGAAGAGGAAGACGACGUGCCAACCAAGGAGGAGGAUAUUGUUCCCAAGAACAUGAGGCACCCGAGGCUCAGCCCGGCAUGGCUAAAGCAUGAAAAGCAGGUGCUUCGUUGGUAUGGCUUCUUCCAGGAGACAGUGACAGAGAGCGCGAUGGAAAACAGCCGUUAUCGGCACGUUUACAUCAUGUACUUCAUGGAAGAUGGCACCGUGGGCAUCAACGAGCCUAAAGUGGAAAACUCUGGAAUGCCACAGGGCAAUUUUCUGAAGCGACAAAAGGUUCAGAAAGAGGAUGGGACUUACCUUGGGCCGGAUGACAUUCACAUCGGCUCUGAAGUCACCAUUUGUGGCCACACCUUUCACAUUUGUGGAUGCGAUCGAUUUACCCGUUGGUUCUUUGAAGAAAAUGGGGUCGCCAUCGAAGAGGACGAAGAGAUUCCUAUUGACACCUGGCAGACCAACUACCGUAUCCAAAAAGCAAGAGAUCGAGGUGGAUUACCAGUGACAAAGGGUGUGAUGGAUGACAAGGCCGUGAUGAGAGCCUUGGGUGGCAUCCCUCCCGUGGAAAAGAAGUUUGCGCAAUUUCUCCUCAAUGACCGGAAAGUGCUUCGCUUCAAGGGAUACUGGGACGACCACACACCAUAUGGGACGAGGUUCUAUUUCAUUCUUCACUACUACUUGGCCGACAACACCGUUGAGAUCAAUGAGGCUCAUUGCCGCAAUUCUGGUCGGGAUGGUUGGCCAAUCUUCAUGAAGCGCGGGCCGUUGCACAAGAGUAAUUUUGUCAAUGGAAUUCCUGCCAUGCUCUCUGCUGAAGCACCACGGUACCUGCCGGAGGAUUUGAAGGUUGGAGAUUCGAUCAAUGUGUGGGGCCGAAAGGUCGUGCUCUAUGAUUGCGACGAUUUCACAAGAAAGUUCUACCUUGACUACUUGGGUGUUGACCAGUUUGAUGGUCGCAUUGACGUCAGUGAGAAGCCUGUGACGCAUCUGAAGCUCACGCCGCCGCCACACAAUGGCAUUGGCAAGGCAGAAGAUUCCCUGCUGAACUGCACGAUGAUCCAGCCAAAGCCGCCGAAGAUUGAUCUCGAGCGCAUGCUGGUCUAUGGCGGGGAUGCUUUGCGCUUUGAAUGCAAGAUGAUCAAUGGCGAGCCUGAAGAUGAGCUACGCCGUCUCGUCAUUGCUUUCUACCCUGCCGAUGGCGAGAUGGCUGCCUUCGAGGUUCCUAUACGCAACAGCGGCCACAUGGGGGGCAGAUUCUCAGAGAAGAGGCUCUUGAAAAAUCCAGACACGGGCAAGUAUUUCACGCUCUCGGACUUGUUUGUUGGGCAAGUGAUCACCAUUGCCGCGCAGCCUUUGCAAAUUGUCCGGGCAGACGAGCGGUGCCUACAGUUCUUGGAGGCUCGACCAAAAGAGUUUCCAUAUGCCGACCCAGUUGUGUGCUCAAAGCGGCUAGUGCCACUGGCGGAGCAUCCAGAGAUGCAAGAUGCAGAUGGUCUUAGCCCAGAUCGGCUUAAGGAGAUCGCCUUUGAGGCCGGCAUUUCGAUGGUGGAUCAUGAGAUCAUCACACUGCUGCGAAGCUGUGGCAUCCCUGCUGAAAGCGAGUCUGACCAGCCAAAGGUAAUCGGGCCAAAGGUGCUAGAAUGUGCUGGAGUGUUGCAGCCUGCGGACUCUUGAAGCGGCCGGACCCACGAGAUGUCGACUUGCACGAAAUUAAUGAAGUAACAGUGUAACAGACUGACGUGAAGCCGGUGUCAAGGCCCUCGGAGCGUGCUACCCACCUCACAGGGAAACCUGCAUUUACAAUGAGAAGCGGAAUGUGCAGUAGCGUGCAGUUUCAAGAGAAGGAAGAGGCACGGUGGGCUUUGGCAGUGUAGUUUCGGCCGGAAGAGGACUAGCUCGUGCUGAAGGGCCCGGGAAGAACUUGGAAAGCCCUGAAGCAAGUCUUGAAUUCAACAGCUAUCGGGCUGAAUCCGGUAUGUAGGUAGGGUACUUCUGCUGAGAAGCCAGCAGCAAACGCUUGCCUGCAAAGCAGGAAGCCGUUCACCAAGCGGGACCCUAUAAACGCUC